AUGGAAGAGAAAAUAGAAAUUAAACUGAAGCUUUUAGACAAUUCAAUGCAUAAAUUAAAUAUGCGUGCUUCAGACACCAUCAAAUAUUUAAAGGAAGAAGUAGAAUAAGCACUAAAUAUUCCAAUCGAUAAAUAAAGACUCAUAUUCUCUGGUAGAUACCUGCGUGAUGAUUAAACUCUUAAAGAUAAUUAGAUUGAAAAUGGGCACGUAAUUCAUUUAAUUGCAAGACCUAACAUUAAUUCUGAAGAUGAGACUUAAUCCCAAUCUCAUCAAUCAAACCAACCUGACAAUUAAGAUGAAGGGAGCGUUUUAUCUGAUUUAGAAGUCUUGUAGGAUAUUAUUAGGCAAUUUAACCAUAUCUAGCUUGUGUAGUAGAAUUAGAGAAAAAGAUACUUGCAAUAGAGAACAUAAGGCUACAUCUACUUGUAAAAAGAUUAAAUGCAAGAAUCAAUACAGUAAAAUUAAGAGUCUAUUGAGGUGCUAAUGAAUACGAUGAAUAACAAUGAAUCUUAAAUUUAAAAGCAAUAGUAUGUAGAAUCUUUUGAUUUUUCAAAGAGAUAAUUCAAAAUCGGCUAAUGGGUCGAUGUUAAAGAUACUAUCAAUCAAUGGCUUGAAGCAUAAAUCAUUAAAAUUAAUGAGGCUGAAUAAAAAGUAUAUAUCCACUAUAAUGGAUGGGGAACAAGAUGGGAUGAAUGGAUAGACAUAAAAAGUGAUAGAAUUGCCUUAUUUAGGACUCAUACUGUUCAAAGCUAAGGAAGUCUAUCAAUGAGUCCGUACCCUAUAAGUGAUAUAGAUGGAGAUAAAAGCGAAAUACCUGAGAGAUUAAAUUUUGAUGACAUUUUACUUAACACAUGUUCUCUUUUAAAUAAUGUUAAUUCUAAGCUGAUUGAAUUAAAUAGGCAUAAUAACAACGUAAGAUUUUCUAAUGAGAAAUAAGAAGUAGAUUAUUCUACUAAAAUGAGAAAUGUAAUGAGUUCUCAGCUAGCUCCUAUUUUAGAUAGAGCAGGAAGGAUGCUGAUGGACAUAGGAAUGAUGCUUGGGGAUAUAGGCAGCGACACCUAAAAAGUAUAUCAUGAAGAUGAGGAAGAUGAAGAAGAAAAAAGUUAGACAGAUGAUUAAAACGAUUAGUAAAAUAUGCAAGGAAUUGAUAUAUUAAGUAAUAGAAGCAAUAGUAGUUUAGGAAGGUAUAGUAAUAUUUAAAGUGAUAAUAAUUAUUUUCAUAAUGAAAGAGAAGGGAGUUAGACAUCUAAUCUAAAUAGGUAUAGGUUAAGAAAUAAUUAUAGAUUCCAGUAGCCAGUGAUGCUCAAUCCUGGAGAAUUAUAUAAAAUCAAUAAAAUGAAUUCAGAUAGAGUUCACAUUUAAAGAAUUGUUUUCCCAUCUAAUCAAUCUACAAAUAUGUCAUCAAACUUUAACAAUAGUAACUCAUUUAAUUAAUCUGGCUGA